AUGCUCGACACCAAGGAGGCUGCGGAAGACCUCAAGACCUUCUACCUCGUAGGCGCGGCGAACUCGGGGAAGUCGUCGCUGCUGAACCGCAUCUCGAUGCGCAAGCGCAGGGGCCUCGGCAAGACGCCCGUUCACGAGGCGACCGGCUCGACCGUGAGCGCGCUGCCCGGCACCACGCUGUCCAACAUGGCCGUGAGGUACGAGCGCAACAGGGUCGGCAUCGUCGACACCCCUGGGCUGCUCAUGCCGGGCGGCCUGGCCUCCAAGCUGCCGUACGGGGACCUGCUGCAGACCGUGCCGCAGAAAGGGGAGAGCAUCCGGCUGUCCAUCGGCAUUGAGGAGAAGCAGACCAUCAUGAUCGGUGGGCUCGGGCGCAUCGACCUGGUGGAGGGCGAGCGCAAGCAGUUCCCAAACCGCCGCCGUGCGGCGGGGGUGGGCCCUCGGAUCCAGGUGAGGUCGUCAAGGGAGGGCGCCUGGCGUGUCAGCCCAGGCCACGCAGGCAGGCGAGGGCUGCCGCAGGCUAGCGCUGGUGCGAUCGGCCGCAUGGCGAAGGCGCACGUGGACAGCGCGAGGUGCAGGUUUUUUCUGCAGCAUCAGUUUGCCCGAGUGCCCUCGUUGCUGCUGGGGCUCUGA